GAAAGCCUGCAGUCAUGGCUGCACAGAAGGAGAAUUUACUGUCUUUUGUGAAUCUGACCGGCACAGAGAGAAACUCUUCCAUGAGACAGCAUGGCCUCGAAAAGAGGUAAGAUGCCAUGUCAUUGUGGAGUGGUAAACACUGGGUUUUUGCCUUUUUUUAAGUACUGAAGGGAAUUUUAGCUCAAUAGAUUGUACAAAUAAUUUUUGAGGUCAUACAUUAGUGUGUGUCUGUGUGGCAUGUAUAACCACGAUGCUGUGUUAUAAUGCAUUGUAUCUCACAUGUUCAAUAGGCCAGUGCUGUGGCAGGCUGGCUUUUCAACACCUCAGAGUAAUCAAAGGCUGUAAGUGCACAUACAAAAUAAGAAGAAUGUGAGUCUGACGGUGUGAAUGGUUUCUGAAAUUUACCUUUGCACAUGUGUGUAUUAUGCAGCACAGCGAUGCAACGUUGGCAGGAGCUGAAGGAGAGAGAGUUUAAAGCCCAACAACGCAACAGAGAGUUGCUUCAGCAGUUUGAAGAGGCACAGGACAGACUGAGAAGGAUGCUAACCCUCACCGCUACCAUGAAAACUAUUCGGGUGCGCAAAGAAAAACACAAACACAGUGCAAAAUGCAAAAGAAGGCUUCUUACUUCACAUUACUCAGCUGCACUCUUGUCUCCCUUUUCCUGAACCCUUUACUUGAACUUUGACCCCCGCAGACAGAGUAUGAGCGCUAUCUGGAGGAGAACUCGCCACGAUGGGAGAAACAACUCAAGGAACAUACACAAGCUGCUUGGAAGAAGGUACCAAAAAUCAGCCUGUAUUAAUGUAUACUCACCGGCCACUUUAUUAGGUACACCUGUCCAACUGCUCGUUAACACUUAAUUUCUAAUCGGCCAAUCACAUGGCGGCAACUUAGUGCAUUUAGGCAUGUAGACAUGGUCAAGACAAUCUCCUGCAGUUCAAACCGAGCAUCAGUAUGGGGAAGAAAGGUGAUUUGAGUGACUCUGAACGUGGCAUGGUUGUUGGUGCCAGAAGGGCUGGUCUGAGUAUUUCAGAAACUGCUGAUCUACUGGGAUUUUCACGCACAACCAUCUCUAGGGUUUACAGAGAAUGGUCCGAAAAAGAAAAAAUAUCCAGUGAGCGGCAGUUCUGUGGGCGGAAAUGCCUUGUUGAUGCCAGAGGUUAGAGGAGAAUGGCCAGACUGGUUCGAGCUGAUAGAAAGGAAACAGUGACUCAAAUAACCACCCGUUACAACCAAGGUAGGCAGAAGAGCAUCUCUGAACGCACAGUACGUCGAACUUUGAGGCAGAUGGGCUACAGCAGCAGAAGACCACACCGGGUGCCACUCCUUUCAGCUAAGAACAGGAAACUGAGGCUACAAUUUGCACAAGCUCAUCGAAAUUGGACAAUAGAAGAUUGGAAAAACGUUGCCUGGUCUGAUGAGUCUCGAUUUCUGCUGCGACAUUCGGAUGGUAGGGUCAGAAUUUGGCGUCAACAACAUGAAAGCAUGGAUCCAUCCUGCCUUGUAUCAACGGUUCAGGCUGGUGGUGGUGGUGUCAUGGUGUGGGGAAUAUUUUCUUGGCACUCUUUGGGCCCCUUGGUACCAAUUGAGCAUCGUUGCAACGCCACAGCCUACCUGAGUCUUGUUGCUGACCAUGUCCAUCCCUUUAUGACCACAAUGUACCCAACUUCUGAUGGCUACUUUCAGCAGGAUAAUGCGCCAUGUCAUAAAGCUGGAAUCAUCUCAGACUGGUUUCUUGAACAUGACAAUGAGUUCACUGUACUCAAAUGGCCUCCACAGUCACCAGAUCUCAAUCCAAUAGAGCAUCUUUGGGAUGUGGUGGAACGGGAGAUUCGCAUCAUGGAUGUGCAGCCGACAAAUCUGCGGCAACUGUGUGAUGCCAUCAUGUCAAUAUGGACCAAGCUCUCUGAGGAAUGCUUCCAGCACCUUGUUGAACCUAUGCCACGAAGAAUUGAGGCAGUUCUGAAGGCAAAAGUGGGUCCAACCCGUUACUAGCAUGGUGUACCUAAUAAAGUGGCCGGUGAGUGUAGAUCAUUCUAACUGUUUCUAUUUCCACUUUUUUUUUUUUUUUUUUUUGCUUUAAACAAGAUUUAACAUUGUUCCUGUUUGUCAAACACAAUAAGAGAAGGGUUUAUCACCAUAAAUGUUCAAGAAAUUUCAAUAGGCUGCACACCAAAAAUCUGUGCCGGGGGGAUAUAAAACCAUUUUUCCCUGACAGAGAAAGGAGGAGUAUUCGAGGAGAUCACUCGUAAAGAAGACAGAAGGGAUGAGAAAUUCUUUGUCAGACCGACCUUUACUCGUACAAGGUUUGUCGCUCCACUUCUUUGUCCUUGGUUUUUCAGGGACUCAGAAUUCAGAAUCAAUCCUUACAUAUCUUAUAGAGAAAACAUUGCUGCUCCAUCUGAACAUUAAUCUCUGAUUGCAGACCCGACUUCAAAAUCAAAAGACAUUCCUGGACCUCAAAGUAUCAACAACCAACACAACUACUCAGAAUACAACCAAGAUGGCUCUUCUCACCUGCCUUUCAUGCCCCCUACCUGGCUCACCCAAUCACAGUCUUCAAGGCUUCCCAUCAGAGCACCCAGUUAUCAGCCUCAGCCUUCCUCUCAUGCCCCUCAGUCUUUCCCACUACCACCCUUCUUCCCACAGCCUCAUCUGCUUCCUCCUCCCCACUUUGCCACCCACUGCCCUACAGACUGGGGGUUCCUGCCGCCAGAGUACCUGUGCUCCCCUUCAGCAGGUGCGGCUGGACACCCCUCAGAGUCUGGGGCUCCAUGGGGUCAGCCUCCUCCUGAGAGAGGGGAGGCACACCUCAGUGAGGAAGGAGCAGGAACCAGUAGAUCAACUAGUUCACAGAGAGAAGGAGGUGGUAGAAGCAAGAGGAGUCAACUGUCCCAGGAGCUGGAUGUCAAACCAGGUAGGAAAGAAUGACAAAUUGAGCUUUGAUGUAUUUUCAACCAUGUUUUGACCUCGAGGCACACUCUUUAAAUUCUUGUAUAAUUUUUAUAUUUCUGAUGAUACUGCCCCCUCAGUUCGCCUCUCCAGCGGUCAUGCAGGGAGCAGUGAAAGCAGCAGGGAGUCUGAUCAGGCGAGCAGCAAAGAGAGAAAGAAGAAGAGGAGGGAAAAGGGAGGAAGGGUGCAGCAUUCCUCUUCAGGGAGAGAGACACCGAGCUCUAAGGAGUAAGAAAUAUUCUCAACAGAUGGCUCUGGACUGGUUGCAACACAUUCAGCUACCUUGAUCACCCCCAAACUUUAAAGUGCACCAACCUGUGAAACAAGUUGUCUCUGUUCCUGUGUGUCUACCUCCUAAUCUUCCAUAAUUAAGAAGUCAGCAAUGUGUCUGAAGUAGUUUCAUCUUUAAAAAAAGUCUACAUGUUCUCUAUUUCAACCAGGAUGACUGACUCAUGCAGGAGUGGCUUAAUGUGUUAAUGAAUAACAUUUGCUGACUCUUUCUUUCCCUGCUUAUUAAAUCUACUCUGACUACUAAUAUCAAAGGAACUGAUACUGAGGUCAGACUACACAAUAGAAGUUUGUUUAUUGCCCUUUUCUAGCACAUGUGAAGUUUUGGGAUCUAUCACCCCCAAAAUCAAUUGUUCUGUGAUCCCAUGUGAUGUGUCAUUACCCAACCUCAUCUGGGACACCACAUGACCUCCUGACAGAAAGUCUGGCAUGUUAGAUUCAUCUUUUGGCCCUCCAAAAUCUGUGCUGUCUUAUUGGAGGUCUGCACAUGCAAAAAACAGAGGUGUGGUGCUCUGAGACUGAACUAUAAGACAGAUGAAGUUUGUCAAGCUUUGGCAACAACAUCCCUGACUCUAAUGUGUCAUUGACGGACUAAGAUAACAAACUGAGAGGUUGGUGAGAGAUCGCAGACACACUUCAGCAACCAUUUACAAGGAUGGCGUUAGCUCAAAGCUAGCACACCAACCAUCACAGCAUUUAGUUAAACAAACACAGUAUAAAUAAUCAGUUAGCAGUUUAUUAGGGUUUUUUUUUGUUUUCAAAAAUGCUGUUUUUUUUAAUCUAACGCUGUCCAGCCCAGAUUUCGUCCUUCCAGCAUCAUGUCAUUGAUGAUUGGUAAUGACUGACAAUCUUGUAUUUCUCUUACCACAGGAAUAGAAAUUAUUUAUAUUCUCAGCUCCAAUAGAAAUCCACUAUUUUACUGUUUUAUCCUUUUCAGUGCAUUUUCCGUUGAUUUAUUAUUUUUCUCAGAUCAUCUAGGACUUCAAGUGCCAUCAUCUUUGCUGCAGCCACAGUGGCCCAAAGCUCAGAGAGCGAUGCCUCAUCUGAGAAAAGCGUAAGGACCAGGAGGGGUGGAGAAGUUACUGUUGCGUCACCAAGGCUACAGAAGGUGAUGAAAGAAGGAAGCAGAGGAAAAGAGGACAGCUCAGGGGAUUGCAAAGAAAAGAGUCAGUGUACUGGUGAAGAGGUGGAGAGUCCUGUUGAGAAAUCCAGAUGUGAAGAAGCAGGAAACACGGAUUCUGGAUCUCAGGGGGAGGAGGAAUCUGGAAGUGUAAGUGUAAAGAUUGAAGAGGAAAGUGGAAAUGAAACAGAAAAAGAUGAGAGUGGAAGCUUUGGACCAGAAAGUGGAGCAGAAAAGGAUCUGGGGGAGGCGGAUAGACAAAAUGAUGCUGGAGAAGAAGAGAACAUUAAGUCUGAUGAGGAGCAUGAGGAGAGAGAAGAUGAAAGGGAGGAUAAAGAGGUUUCUGAAGGACAGAGUACAAGCGAGGAUGACAGUCAGACAGGAGCAGAGGAUGAGCUGGGGGAGCAGGAAUCGGAGGAGGAGGAGGAGGAGGAGGAGCAGAAGUUAAAGAAGGAAGACAAUGAGGUGAGGAAACAGGAUCCUGUAUCCUCACAGGAUGAAGAAAACAGCAAAGGAAACGAGGAUGAUGUGGAGCCGUCUGAGGAGUCAAAUGAAGAAGACGAAGGAGGGAGUGAGGAGGAAGAGGAGCUGAGUGGUGGUAAAGCAGGAGACUCAGAGAAGGAGGAAGAUUCAGAGGACAGUAUUGUUGUACCACAAACCAACAGGUAAGGUAACGAUAACUAAACAAUCUCACUUGCCAAGAGAGUUCCCGUUUGAUUCAAUCUCGUUUUUCAGAAUUAAAAAGAUCUAUGUGAUUCCUGAGGCUGUUGAGGAUGAAGAAGAUAAGGAUGAAGAAGAUGAGGAGCAGGAGGAGGAACCUAAAACAGGAUCAUCUGAUGAUGACUCCAAUGGUGUCAGUGAUGAGGACAUUGAGAAUCUACUUGCACCUCAAGACCAAAUGAAUAAAAAAAAGUGAGUGUUUUCCUAAAGUGGCUGAAUGUCAGAACUUUGCCUGGAACUCAACUCAUAUUAUUUUUUUUAUACCAUUUUUCAGAGAAAAGGAGGAGGAGAAGAAGAAACCCACAGGUACAGAAUGGUCAAUCUUUACAACCUAUUUAUAAUAGAUAUUUUUUUCUCUAAAUAACACAUAAAAGGACAAUAACAACAUGAUUUAGUUCUGUAAAAGCAUUUCUCCUGGUCAAAAAUAUCAUUCUUCCUGUUCAUAUUGCCAUGAAGACUUUGAACACUGGCAACAGUAUUCUUCCUGAGAAAACUUUGACUUAGAUAUCUAUGGUCUAAUUGUUCAUGCCUGAAACGUAACUUUGUUAUUCAAAGCUGUAUGAGAGAUCUCUGAAAUAGUUCCUCGAGUUCUUUCUUAUGAAUGAAAACGUUGAUUUUAUCAGGAUAUAUGUCCUGAUUUGUAUCAUUUCUGUUGCAGCACUCUGUGAUAAGGUUGAGCUCUUUCAAGUGAAGGAAUACAGAUCAACAAAGGAGGAGAACGUCAGUGACUCCGAUGAGUUUGACCAUUUCUAUGACUAAAUACGUCACUCAACUGAACUGACACAGU